AUUCGCAAUCCGAAGCCGAGGAGUACAAUAAGACAAGAUGAUGUACUUAUUACUACUUGCAUCUGCCGCUGUGCUAGUGUCAGCUCACCAUGAACAUGCAGGUCAAUUUAAGGCCAUAGUGAAAUUGGCAGAGCCAAAUGGUGGCCAGGUUAACGGUAACGUGACCUUCACAGAGUUGACCGACGGCAAGGUUCACAUCCAAGGUGUGAUUGUUGGCAUGCCACCUGGACACUACGGUUUUCAUAUUCACGAGAAAGGAGAUAUUACAGAUGGAUGCGGCUCAACCGGGGCACACUAUAACCCUGAACACAAAGAACACGGCCACCCAAAUGACGAGAUUCGCCAUGUUGGCGACCUGGGUAACAUCGUAUUCGACGAAAACCGCGUCAGCACUAUUGACUAUGUAGAUGGAGUCAUCAGUUUGACCGGCAAAUACCCUAUCAUCGGCCGUGCUGUAGUUCUCCACGCUAAAGCUGAUGACUUCGGCAGAUCGAGCCAUCCUGACUCUAAGAAGACUGGAAAUGCUGGUGGUCGUGUCGCUUGCGGCGUCAUCGGAAUUUUGUAGGCGGUUGAUUUAUAUCUUAAGGCAUAUGCCCACGUCCUCUUACAAUAUUGAGGUAAAAAGCAGCUUAAUGCUGCUGUGUUUUUAACGAGUCAUUCUACCUUAAUCCUCAGAGGUGACAUCGCAUCUAUAUUUUAACUCUUUGUCAAAGAUAAUGUAGCUGUCUAUGAUCCACAGUAUCCACUUACCAUCAGGUGGACUGUGUGCUCGUUUGGCACAAUUAUUCUAUAAAAUAAAUUUUAAAUUUUAUUUUCAGAGCAACAGCAGAAAAGUAGACUAAUGUCUUUUUUAAAGGAAAUCAUUCUUUGCAUUUUGUUUGUUUUAGUCCACUAAGCCGUUUUAUAAUAAUUAUAUAAUUAAUAAUUACUUCUUCACUUUAGCUGAACCGUGUGCAUACGCUCUUGGUUGUAAUAUAGAUUAUGUAACGAACAAGAUAUUGGUUGUACAAUUCUUUUUUUGUAAAUUAGUUUCUGAAAAUCAAUUUUUGUGCUGAAUAAAUUCGCUUUCUUUUUUUUUGGCCUAUUAAAUCACAAGUUAAAUAGAAGUUAAACAUUAACAGUUAUUAGAAAGAAGUACUAUAUGCAGAGGCUUUGCAUCACAGCUGUAAGCAAGUUUGGCUUAUAUAGCAUAUCUGGUCUUAAAAGUCCUACGAACUUACAAAGUAUCUACAUAAAUCACUUUUAUAUAUUUUAUUAGAUUAUGGCCUGGUAAUAUUUUCUAGUUUGUUUUGGAAGAGACAGUGACAAAAAGAAAUAUUUUUGAAGAAUAACAGCAGAAAAUAUUAACAUUAUAAAACACUAGUUAUAUUGAAAUCAAAACAAAUAUUAUGCCGGAUGUUAAGUCAAAAAUUUUGUAUCUGACUGUACAUAAAUAAAUGAACGUCUUACGAUUAAUGUAAAAAUGGAUGCUAUUUCUACUUACAAUCGGGUGGACUAUAUGCUCGUUUGUGACUCUUAAUCUGUGAGAAAAACCAGUAUGCUGUAGGAAAGCCACAAUUGGUAGAAAUAUUUACUAUUGCCAGUGACAACCUUAUUAUGCUAUGACACAAUCUCUGGAUAUUUAAUCUCAUGUAGUUCUGCUUCUGACGUACAGUCUAGUGCAAAUUAAUACAGGUUGCAUCUGCGAAAGUCGUGCGGGUUUCUUUGUACCCGUGUCUCGCCCGGCGGCAAUUCAAGGCGCGACACAUCCUAAAGGUCAAGAUAUAAAGUUAUUGCGUUUCUAUUAGAUGCAAUCGCGCACCUACUUACUAUUAUUAACUUCCCACUUUGAAAAUUAAUAAUUUUCAAAAGUAUGAAAGUUAUAAAUUUCGGUCCAAUUUGAGAAUGCGAGUUUUCAUCAGAUCUCCACGUUUUGAGGUCCUAGGAAGCCGUUCCGACUAUUCUCUGCUGGGCGUACGGCCGUGUGUGCGCGUGUGUUUGUAUAUGUAUGUAUAUAAAUUAAAAUUUUGUCGUGCGAUAUGUUUAGAACGAAUCAACCGAUCGAGAUGGGCGACACGGCGUUCGAAAGUUAAGACUUCGAGCUGACUAGAUUUUUAAGUCAAUCGGUCGAGUCGUUUCAAAGAUUUUUUGUUGACUGCAAAUAAGAUUUAAAAGUAAUGCACUAAAAAGACCGAAACGAGAUUGAGAAUAGAAAACAAAAUUAAAAUAAACUAUAAACUCUACUUCGGUAUAACAGACUAUAGUAUGAGAUGAAAGCCUAAGUAAAAUACCCGUAUUAGGUUUAGUAACAAGCGAAACCUAUAAAUUUUCUUUCGGUUUAUAAUUUGCGAUUGCUUGAUGAUUUUUAGUGCAUUACUUUUAAAUUGUUUUUUUUUCAAGUUGGGUUAUUGAUGUUUUUAAUUAUUGAUUUUAUUUUAGACUUUUUUAGUGUCCCGACACACUCUUAUGAACUAAAUUUCAUACGAUAGGACGAGGUUCGACACAAACAGACGAUUUUUACGCCAUCAAAAACUUUUUAAACCAAUUUAUUAUUCCUGAUUAAAUUUAAAUACCUAUAUAACUUAUAUAUAUUUGUAAUCCCCUUUUAAUUUCCUUUAUUUUGAUACCCUACUCGAUAGCUUUGGUAUUUUUUUUUAUAACGUAUUACUAUUUUGCGCCAUAAAUCCGCCAUUUAUAUUUGUUUAUUUUUUCAAACAGCGAUCUAAGAACACUUGGGUUUUUAAGACAAAUAAUACAAUAUCUUGAUUGUCGAAAUCCAUCCAGCCGUUUGGAAGAUGCGAGGUAAUAAAGAAAUUUACAAACGUACAAGAUACGCGUGAAAAACAUAACCCUUGGCAGUCGGGUAAAAAUAAAAAGGAAAAUAACAAAAAUCAUAUAGAUUUUCGAGCGUUGCGCUCGCAAAUAAACGGGAUGGCAUGCAGGGUCAAUCGUUUUUCAGAUAUUUUUUUUAUUACUAAUAUCGUAUCUGGCGUGUUUAUGAUUUAAUGAAACAAAGUAAAGCAUACCUUUAUUUAUGUCUGGUAGUACAUUGUACUCCACUAAUUUUAGACCUAUUUCUGUGCUGGUUUUGAACCAGAACAGAGGUUUUUCCCGAACCUACUAAAUGGCCAGGUUUGUGAUGAAGUUAUCAUCUAUUGAUUGAAGAGGUCUAUCCAUCCCGGGCAAUUGCCACGAGUUAAGCAGUCAGAGGCGGGGGUUCGCACACCCCCACUCGGAUAGCGGUUAGACAGCUCAAAAAAUAACCUCAACAGAGGGGACAUGAUGAUUGGUAACUGUACCAAAUCAUAAACCAAUAUCAUCCUCAUCCCCAUCAUUGCCUUUCCCUUUUCUAAAUAGCUUAUGGCCGAGCACUUACAUCAUAGAAAAUAGAAGAAUAAUAGCCCAAAUACUGUAUUGGUAUCUAAAUGAAGAGAUAAAUACAGAAAUAUAAUUCUGAUUAGGCUAUAUAUCGUGUCAUAGUCUUUUGACAUCGUGUAGUAUUAAACCAAUGUAUAACGUUACAUCGAGAGCAAGAGGCAUCCGCACAUGAUUGCUUGAUAUUCAGCAUUAAUUAACACUCCAAGGUGAGGCGCUUUUGUACGACAAGGUUUGAAAGGGGCCCAAUAGGUUACAAGCUAUAAUACUUAUUUGUACCUGUUAUGAACGCAUUUUUAACCGGCUGCGGCAGAGCCCAAAUUCAGCCGUCCGUAUCUUAUAUACGAGUACAAGUACUAGGAUUUCAAUAAGCGAUAUCUCAAUAGAUUAGACAUGUGACAUAACCUUAUCAAACACUAUCGAAUAUUACGCCAGCAUGAAAUAAAUAUAGCUAAGAUGAAUUGUCAAAAAUUUGAAAAAUAUCAUAUGUAUCUUAUAAAGGUUCAAUGAGU